GCGAGGUCACUCAACACCCCCCACCACCACCCCGUGCGCGCUCCGGUGUUAUCUGCGCGCCUCUCACGUGAACGCGCUCCCUGCCUGUUGGAAGGUGCGCGCGUCCGGCCGCUCGCUCGAGAUACAGAGAAAGAGAGAAAGAGGAGUUGGUGCGUGUGCGCGAGGACGGAGAGAGUGUGAGACGACACCGGGACCGGGAUUUUUUUGGGGGGUUUCGUACGGGAUAAAAAGUGAAAUAAAGCCGGGCUCGAGCUCGGGGUGGAGAACAGAGGCUUCCGGCGAGCAGUUUACACCGAGAAAACGGCGGAAAUUCGACGCUGUUGAAGCGGGACAGAGCCCUGUGGAGUUUAAAUCCGUGAGGCCUGUAUAACCUGCUGCUGCGUUCUCUGAUGUAAAUUAAGGAAACAUGGAGUGACAUGCUGUGGAUUAGCUAGCGGAUUAGGACGUGUACAGUGCACGUUUUCUACUCUUCCCCACUUUGUCCAUCUGAAAGUCAAACAUGGCCGACCCGGGAAUGAUGAGUCUCUUCGGAGAUGAUGGGAAUUUAUUCUCGGAUGGUUUAGAAAGUUUGGGGGAUUGUGGGUACUCCUCCCAAAGCCAAGCCAAUCCCAUGAACCAACAGAUGACACACGAGCACCAAGCUUACAGCCAGAUUCCUUCUUCGCUCCACCUUUCUACACCUUCUGUUCCACCUCAGCCCAAGAUGGGGCACCACUUUGAUCACUUCGGACAGUAUGACCCCCAAGGAGGUCGCAUGAGUGCUAACGGCCCGGGCCCGGGCCAAGGCCCAGGCCCUGCUAACGGGAUCUCCUCUCCUCAUUCACGCUAUCAUGGCGGAAAUGGCACAGCUGGUGGACACCACGUUUAUCCAGGAGCACAGGGUGAUGGGAGAGGUGGAGGACCAGGAGUGGGGCAGUCAUUCCAGGAUGGUGGAGAAACUGCACCCGGGAAUAACUGGGGUCCUCAAGGAAUUCAGAUGCCUGACCAAAAUCAGUUUCCCCAGGCACAACAGCAGCAAGUUCAUAGUCAUCAAUUAGGCCCUUACAUGGGUCGCUCUGAAUUUGGUGGUAUGCAAGGGCACAACCAGACUCAGACUCCUCCCAGGAUGAACCACUUCUCUCAAGGUUUGUCUCAGGAAGCGAACCGUUUUAUAGGACACAUGGUGACCAAUAUGGCAUCUUCUGCCUUGCGGCAUCCGUCUCAGACUCCACAGCAUCAGCAGGCUGGUCAGCAAUUUCUUCAUCAUCCAGAGUCACAGUUUCCCCAAAGUCCUUCAAAGCAGCAGCAGCAACAGCAGCAGAUGAUUAGUGGGCGAGGCCACCAGAACAUAGGCUUUAGCAUGAACAACCAGCAGGUUGCUAACAGCAGCUCAGGUCAAUAUGCUCCUUAUCCUCAAUAUGGCAACCUAAAUCAGGGAUUAGCCAACGCUUCAGGGAUGAGCCUCAACACCAGCAACAACCCCAAUGCCCCUGUGCAGUGUUACCCCACCCCUGCAGGGCCACAGUGUUACCCAGUCAACCAGUUACCCCCCCAAAAUAUACAUCCGACGCAGCCCAAAAUGUCACAGCAGCAACAUCUUGCUCCUCCACCACCUCCUCAGGGAUCAUAUGCUUCUCCACCUUCCAUGUCACCUAUGAGGAACCUGGGGGGAAACCCUGCUGGAACUCCACCUCCUCAAAGAGGCCAGGGUCCAAUCUCACACCCACAGCAGCACCCCCAGAUGUAUGGCACCUUGUCACCCAAUCAGAGAGCUAUGAAUGCACCUAACCAAGCAGAGGUUCUCCCUCAGCAGCUGCAGACAUCUGGCUUACAGUUCCAGCAGGUGCAGCAGGUAAGAACUCCUCCUGCACACUCUGUGCCCCAGCAGCCCCUGGGCUCUUCUCCUCCACCAACCCUGCUGAGGAACUGGGUCUCCAACCCACACUCGUCACCACCAGCUAACCACCAGCAAGUGCCUCACAUGCAGCAUUCUCCAUCAGAUGCUUCCCAAACCCCAUCCUCCACCCACAUGUCCACCCCAAGCUCCUCCCUGCACACAGGUAGCUGUGAGUCUCAUCCCCCUGGCAGUGAGCCCAAGCCCAAGAAGAAGAAAAAGAAGAAGGCAAAGGUGGGUGAGGUGGCAGUGGGGGAGAAGGAUGAGGAUGUUAGCAUGGAUGUGGGUGGAGUAUUAAGAGGCUCAGUAGGUGAUGGCGAGAUGUCUCCACCGGAAAAGAAGAGCAAAAAGAAACCAAAGCAGAAGGAGGCCAAGGACGCGAAAGAGCCCAAGACUCCCAAAACCCCGAAAACUCCCAAAACACCCAAAGAACUGAAGGAGAAGGUCAAGACGACCGCACCUAAAUCCAAGAGCUCCAAGAAGCCUAGCAGUAAGAAGGCCGACACUGAGAGCAGCAGUAAGAAGGAAGGGAAGAGGAAGAGAGAAUCAUCAGUCACCUCAGAUACAGAGAAAACUCCACCCCCUUCUCCAGAGGAGGAGGAGGAUGAUGGAGUUCAGAAGCGGCGCUCGAGCCGACAGGUGAAGAGAAAGCGCUACACUGAAGAUCUGGAGUUCAGGAUCUCGGAUGAUGAUGACGAAGAUUCUGCUGGACCCAAAUCUCCUUCUACCACAUCUGAACAAACGGAGGUGCUUGAUGCUGAAGGUCCUGUGGUGGAGAAGAUCAUGGGACUGCGUACGGUAAAGAAACAGCUGGAGUCAGGACAGGAAGUGGAAAUCGAGGAAUUUUACGUCAAAUUCAAGAGUUUCUCGUACCUGCACUGUCGCUGGGCUGAUCUGGAGGAACUUGAGAAAGAUAAGAGAAUCCACCAGAAAGUGAAGCGCUUUAAAGCCAAACAGGCACAUAACAACUUCCUCACAGAGAUGGACGAUGAGCCGUUUAACCCGGAUUAUGUGGAGGUGGAUCGUGUUCUGGAUGUUUCUGAGAACACAGAUGAAAAUGGAGAGCCGGUGAGUCUGUACCUGGUAAAGUGGUGUUCCUUGCCGUAUGAGGACAGCACUUGGGAGCUGAAGGCUGACAUCGAUGCAGGGAAGAUUGAGGAGUUUGAGCAAGUGAUGAGUCGUGAGCCGCAGCUAAAGCGUGUGGAGCGACCUCCGGCUAGCGACUGGCAGAAAUCCGAGAGUUCCCGGGAAUAUAAAAACAGCAACGCACUCAGGGAAUACCAGCUGGAGGGAGUCAACUGGCUCCUGUUCAACUGGUGUAACACACGGAAUUGUAUCCUGGCGGAUGAGAUGGGUUUGGGGAAGACUGUGCAGUCCAUCACAUUUCUGUAUGAGAUCUACCUGAAGGGGAUCCAUGGGCCAUUCCUGGUCAUCGCUCCACUUUCUACAAUUCCCAACUGGGAGCGAGAGUUCCGGACGUGGACAGAGCUCAACGUUGUGGUGUAUCAUGGCAGUCAGGCCAGUCGCAGGACCAUCCAGGCCUACGAGAUGAACUACAGAGAUGCUCAGGGUCGUGUGAUAAAGGGAGCCUAUAAAUUCCAUGCCAUCAUCACGACGUUUGAGAUGAUUCUGACUGACUGCCCGGAGCUGCGCAGUGUGCCGUGGCGAUGUGUGAUCAUCGACGAGGCUCACAGGCUGAAGAAUAGGAACUGUAAACUGCUUGAGGGACUCAAGCUCAUGGACAUGGAACACAAGGUUCUCCUGACAGGAACCCCACUGCAGAACACUGUGGAAGAACUCUUUAGCCUCCUGAACUUCCUGGAGCCAGAUCGCUUUCCCUCAGAGUCCACCUUCAUGCAGGAGUUUGGAGACCUCAAAACUGAAGAACAGGUUCAGAAGCUUCAAGGAAUCCUCAAACCCAUGAUGCUGCGGAGACUGAAAGAGGAUGUGGAGAAAAACCUGGCACCAAAAGAGGAGACCAUCAUCGAGGUGGAACUCACAAACAUCCAGAAGAAAUACUACAGAGCCAUCCUGGAGAAGAACUUCACCUUCCUCUCCAAGAGUGGAGGAGGAGCAGGAGGCGGAGGCGGAGGAGGAUCAUCAAGUGUCCCCAACCUCCUUAACACCAUGAUGGAGCUGCGCAAGUGCUGCAACCACCCCUACCUCAUCAACGGAGCGGAGGAGAAGAUUAUGGAGGAGUUCCGAGAGAACCACGCGGCUGAUCUUGCCGAUUUCCACUUGCAGGCAAUGAUCCAGGCAGCAGGGAAGCUGGUGCUUAUCGAUAAGCUCCUCCCCAAACUGAAGGCUGGAGGCCACCGUGUGCUCAUCUUCUCCCAGAUGGUGCGCUGUCUCGACAUCCUGGAGGAUUACCUCAUCCAGAGACGGUAUCCGUAUGAGCGUAUUGAUGGCAGAGUGAGAGGAAAUCUGCGCCAGGCUGCUAUUGAUCGUUUUUCCCGUCCUGAUUCGGACCGGUUUGUGUUCCUGCUGUGUACUCGGGCCGGAGGGCUGGGCAUCAACCUGACCGCUGCUGACACCUGCAUCAUCUUCGACUCGGACUGGAACCCCCAGAACGACCUGCAGGCCCAGGCUCGGUGCCACCGGAUCGGUCAGAGCAAAGCGGUGAAGAUUUAUCGCCUGAUCACCAGGAACUCGUACGAGAGGGAGAUGUUUGACAAGGCCAGUCUGAAACUGGGUCUGGAUAAAGCCGUUCUGCAGUCCAUGAGCGGGAGAGAGAACGCUGCUAACGGGGUUCAGCAGCUGUCCAAGAAGGAGAUUGAGGAUCUGCUGCGUAAAGGAGCUUAUGGAGCUCUGAUGGAGGAGGAGGAUGAGGGCUCCAAGUUCUGUGAAGAGGAUAUUGAUCAGAUCUUACAAAGACGCACUCAGACCAUCACCAUCGAGUCCGAGGGCAAGGGCUCCACCUUCGCCAAGGCCAGCUUCGUGUCCUCAGGAAACAGGACAGAUAUUUCCCUGGAGGAUCCAGACUUCUGGCAGAAAUGGGCAAAAAAAGCUGAGCUGGACCUGGACGUCAUUAACGGCAGGAAUACUCUGGUGAUUGACACACCGCGGGUGAGGAAGCAAACUCGGCACUACAGCUCUAUAAAAGAGGAUGAGAUGAUGGAGUACUCAGAGCUGGAGAGCGACUCUGAGGAGAAACCCAUUCAGAAAGCUCGCCGGCCACAGGACCGGGCUCAGGGGUACCCUCGCAGUGAGUGCUUCAGGGUGGAGAAGAACCUGCUGGUAUACGGCUGGGGCAGGUGGAAGGACAUCCUUUCACAUGGGCGGUUUAAGCGUCCUCUGCACGAGCGAGAUGUUGAGCUGAUCUGCAGAUCACUGCUGGCCUACUGCCUUCUCCACUACCGAGGAGACGAGAACAUCAAGAGCUUUAUCUGGGACCUCAUCACUCCUACUGAGGACGGACAGAGCAAAACACUAACUAACCACUCAGGGCUGUCUGCUCCUGUACCACGAGGCCGUAAAGGGAAGAAGGGGAAGUUAGCUGUGACUCAGAUGAACAUGCCCCAGGCGGAUUGGUUGGCUGAGUGUAAUCCAGAUGUGUUGCUGCAGGAGGACAGCUACAAGCGCCACCUCAAACACCACUGCAACAAAGUGUUACUGCGGGUGCGGAUGCUCUACUAUCUGAGACAGGAAGUGAUCGGGGACCUGGCAGACCGCAUCCUGGAAGGAGCCGAUUUCAGUGAGCUGGAUAUAUGGAUCCCACACCCGCUUCAUGCUGAAGUCCCCACUGAUUGGUGGGAUGUGGAGGCUGAUAAAUCGCUCCUCAUUGGUGUAUUUAAACAUGGUUAUGAGAAGUAUAACUCGAUGCGAGCCGACCCGGCGCUGUGUUUUUUGGAGCGAGUGGGAAUGCCGGAUGCCAAAGCCAUCGCCGCUGAGCAGAGGGGAGCGGACGUGGUGGCAGAUGGUGAGGAUGAAGACCCUGAGUAUAAACCAAUGCGUAUGCCAUUCAAAGAUGAUCUGGAUGAUUUCACCAACUCUCCUCUGGAUGAAAAAGAGGAGGUGAUGGAGGUAGAAAGUGUUGAAGCCCCCAAGGCGAGCGAGAAUGGAGGUAAAGGAGGGAAUCUGUACUGGCCUGCAGCUUCAGCUCUCACCGCACGCCUGCGUCGCCUCAUUACCGCGUACCAACGCUGCCACAAGAGGCAGGACAUGCUGAUUAAACCAGACGGACGCAGACGCAGACGUCACCGUGACGACCACCUCCUCUCCAUGGCAGUCGAAGGUGGGGCUUUCAGUUUGGAGCCCAGUAGGGUGGCUGCUACGGCGUAUCUGACUGAAGGAGCUUCGUUUGUUAAAACCUCCCCGUUCCUGCACGAGAGCGCCGCCCUGUUGGCAGAUGGAGCUGCUUUCUUUAAAGAGAGACGUCAGAGAUGGACGAGACGUGAGGAGGCUGAUUUUUACCGUGUGGUUUCUACCUUCGGGAUUGUUUAUGAUGUCCAGAGGCAGCAGUUUGACUGGACUCAGUUUCGAGUGUUUGCUCGUCUUGAUAAGAAGACUGAUGAGAGUCUGGAGAAGUAUUACUACGCCUUCGUGGCCAUGUGCAAGCGGGUGUGUCGAAUGCAGGUCAAAGACCCAGCAGAGGGCCUGGCUGACCCGACACUGAUCAUUGACCCGAUCACAGAGGAGCGAGCCUCCCGGACCCUGUACCGUAUCGAGUUAUUGCGGCGGAUCAGGGAGCAGGUUUUGCCCCACCCCGAGCUGGAGGAGAGACUCCGCCUGUGUCAGCCCAGUCCUGAUCUCCCGGCCUGGUGGGAGGCAGGAAAACACGACCGGGACCUUCUCCAUGGAGCCGCCAAGCACGGAGUGAGCCGUACGGACUACCACAUCCAGAACGACCCUGAUCUCAGCUUCCUGCAGGCACAGCGCAAGUUCCUCCAGAGCCGAGGAGCAGAGACGAGUCUGACCUCGAACCCAGUCACCACAGUGGACCUGAUUAAAGACGAGGAGCAGAAGGAUGAACUCAAAUACGAGAAUGUAGAGAAAGUGGACCUCAAGGAACUGAAAGAGGAGAAAACUGAGGCUGCCUCACUCAAACAGGAAGUAAAGACUGAAGAGGAAGAGAAGAAUCAGAAAGAGGAGAAGACUGAGGAGGAAAAUGGUGCAGAAGUGAAGAGUGAAGAUCACGGUGUUCCUCAAAUGGCUGACGAAAAGGUGGUCAUAGAGUCUGAGGACACGCCCGCACUUCCUGUUAACAAAGAUGUAAACAAAGAGGAGCCAGAGAACCCAACAUGUUCAGAGCCCAACACUGAGAAAAAUUCAGAGGAGGAAGAGGAGGAAGAGAAGAUGGAUGAAGAUGACAAAUCAGAGAAAUCUUCCCAGGCUGAAGCUGGUGCAUCCUCAGACAGGAAGAACUUUGACGAGGAGAGUAACGCCUCUAUGAGCACAGCACGAGACGAGACACGGGAUUACUUUGGCAUGGACGAUGUCGAACCAACAGUGUCUAACGCGUUUGGGGAACGAUCUGUGUUUUCCUUCUGGCCAAAGGACCGGGUGAUGAUCAAUAGGAUGGACAACAUCUGCGAGGCUGUCAUCAAGGGCAAAUGGCCGUCCAAUAGGAAGCAGUUCUUUGACUUGCCUGGCCUGUUGCCUGGAUUUGGUGCUAUGGCAACAGACAGCCCUCUGCCCAGGAGGAGCAUGGGAGAUCUGUCCAUGAUAAAUCAGAGCAGCUACAGCGGGAGUGAUGACAUCACCAUGUCACCGCAAGUCAAUAAGGACGAAGCUCUGAGUCUGUCUGUUCCUCGUCAGCGGAGGCGCAGGCGGCGGAAAGUUGAGAUAGAGGCUGAGAGAGCUGCGAAGAGGCGUAAUUUGAUGGAUAUGGUGGCGCAGCUCCGUGAGUCUCACUCUGCAGACGGUCAGACUCGAGCUAUGGAUCUCACGAAAGCUCUACACGGCCUGGCUCCUUCCUCCUCAUCCUCCUCCUCUUCAGUGUUCCCCGGUGCCGGGGCUUCCCCCAUGGAACUGCUGCAUGCGGCCGGAGCCUCUAGAACUAAUGGAGCCAUGCUGGAGGCUGAAAUUCCCACACGGCGGAGGAGAGGACGCAGGAAAAAUGUGGAGGGUAUGGAGCUGCUCUUCAUGGGAAAUAAGAGUUCACAGCUCAACACGGAAGAAUCAAACGGGGCCAAAGGUUUUGCUGAAGGGGCACAUGUGCCUACACGAGCAACGCGACACAUUCCAGCUCCUGCACAAAAAGAGGAGAGCGAGCAUCUUAAAGGAGAGGAUGGAGCGAGCACUAAAGACCUACAGGAGUGGCUUCGACAACAUCCCACCUACACCAUGGACGUGCCUGGAUUCAUACCAAAGAGUGAGGAGCUUCUCCUCUCACAGCUGGGAAAACCCAAGCAGAAAAGACACCGGUGUCGAAACCCCAACAAGAUAGACAUCAACACACUGACAGGGGAGGAGAGGGUUCCUGUGGUCAACAAGAGGAACGGACGCAAGAUGGGGGGCGCUAUGGCUCCUCCGAUGAAGGAUCUGCCACAGUGGCUGGCUGAGAAUCCAGAGUUCGCCAUUGCUCCGGACUGGACAGACAUCGUCAAACAAUCUGGUUUCCUGCCCGAGGCCAUGUUUGAUCGUCUCCUCACUGGUCCAGUGGUCAGAGAAGAGGGAGUGAGGCGUCGAGGACGGAGACCAAAGUCUGAAAUUGCUAAAGCAGCAGCAGCUCAGGCUUCUCUGUCUGCAGCUUCUUCAGCCUCUACCUCGGGCAUGAACCCCUUCCUGCUGAACGGCCUGUUUGGGGGAAUGGACCUCGGCAGCUUACAGAACCUGCAGAACUUACAGAACCUGCAGCUCCUUAUGGGCUUGUCUCCUUCUCUUGGUGCAGGAGCUGCAGAUAACAAGAACGCCACCACCAUGCUGCCUCUCAUGCUGCCUGCUAUGGGUGCCCUGCCCAAUGUCUUCAGCCUCGGGGGGCUUUUUGGGGGCAACAUGGCCACCGCUGCUGCUGCUAACUUAAAUACAAAUGCUACGGCCACUUCUUCUGAGACCGAGGAGACAAACAAAGACGGAGAACCCAAGGAAGACUGUGAGGAGAAGAAGGGGGAAGUGGAGAAACCUGCAGAAACUGAUUCGAACACCACUUCAGCUGCUGCAGCGACCAACCUUUCUGCGAAUCCUCUGGCGUUUAACCCGUUCCUGCUCUCCACCAUGGCACCAGGACUCUUCUACCCCUCCAUGUUCCUGCCCCCUGGCUUAGGUGGUUUGGGGCUGACUGGCUUUUCUCCAGCGGCUCUUGCUGAGCUGCAGAACGCGAUGAGUGGUGCUUUAGGAGCCACAGGAGAGGAGAGGGAGAAGGAGGAGGACAAGGAGACUGGGCAGAACCCUGAUGCAGUAAAACCCAGCAGCACUGUGGAAAACAGCGACUCUGAGGAAGGAGAGAACAAAACCGAGGAUCUGAGCGGAAUGGCCGAGGAACUGGACUCCAUAGAGGCAGGAGAGGAAGAGGAUGAGGACGAGGACGACGAUGAGGAAGUUGGAGAUGAUGAGGAGGACAAGAGUGACUGAAGAGACAAAUCCACCUGACUGACUUUCUGCCUUUUACCCCCUGAGGGCUUUUUUAAAACAACUCCUCUACUGAUUUCCCAAACUCUGAGUUUUAUAUCAAUUUUGGUUUAGUUUUGUUAACAGGUAAACAAUAACAUGAUGAGGGAACACGACCAUGAUGUUUCUGCAGGAUUCCAGUGUAGUUCUCACACACACACACACACACAUACACACACACACGGCACAGGCAGUAGUGGAGAUGAUGUGGAUGUGACAGGAGGUGGGUUUAGCCUGUGCUGAUGUGUUUCGAGAUGAGAUGAUGACUGAAAUCUCUGGAAUCCUGUGAGAAGGUCCUGAUAGUGCUGUGCUGCUUCUUUCUCUUUUAGUUUGUUGAUUUAUAUUUCUUUCUCUCUCUCUACUGUCGAUCGUGUAAACGGUGAGCGAGUAGCAUCUGGAUGAGGAACGUUCAGUGGCGUACGUUUUAUACAGCAUUAAAACAAGCGAUUCUCUCCAAGCUGCUGAAAACAGAAUGAAAUAAGGAUGUCGAUUUUUUUCAUACUGUUCUGCUGAGGGAUGAAGUUCUCACAUAU